AUGGACACCGAACGCGCUGAGAAGACUCAAGGCGUCUCCAACUCGGCCACCACUCUGCCCUUGACGCGUGCCGCGGAAAAGGAUGGCGAUCAAGCUGUGCCGGACCAGGCGACUUUCGAGUCUCCCUACGACUGGCCGAAGCGCAGGAAAUGGGUCAACGUCUGUCUCAUCUCCUUCCAGGGCACGCUCUCCCCAGUGUGCUCGACCAUACUCGCGGUCGGCGCCCACCAGGUCGAUUCGGAUUUCGACGUCACGUCCUUGGCGCUUUCCGCGGUGCCAGUAGCGGUGUUUGUUCUCGGACUUGGCCUGGGCCCGCUGUACCUCGCGCCACUGAGCGAUGUACGGGAGGAGAAACGUGUACAUCAUCUCGUUUGGCUUGUUCUCGCUCUUCAAUGUCGGGUGAUUGGCGGGCAGGACCCGUCUUUGGGCGGAGGAUCUAUUGGAGACAUGUUCAAGCGUGAAGAAAGAGGCGGCGGCGUCAUCGGCUAUAUUGCUCAGAACGCUGGCUGGAGGUGGAUGAUGUGGACUAUUGCCAUCUCUUCUGGAUUCACGACCUUGAUAUCUGUUUUCUUCCUUCGCGAAACGUAUGGCCCUUAUCUUGCCGCUCGAGCUCAGGGCAAGAGAUCUGCGGCUGCCACCGUCGGAUUCGCGAAAGGCAUCACCAGGCCAGUGCGGAUGUUCUUCACGGCACCCAUCGUCACAGCAAUGAGCCUCUACAUGGCACUCAUCUACGGCAUCCUCUAUCUGCAUUUCGUCACGAUUCCCCUCCUCUUCGGCCCCACUCCCCACUUUGGGCUCUUCACCUACGCUUGGCAACACGGGAAUGAGGGGCUGGCAUAUCUUGGAGCUGGUAUGUUUCUCCGCUUGCAUGCCCGCUGUCCCGGCUGCCGAAUCAGGUGUGGGAUGCUUACUGUCGCGCUGUUCUGUUUGUUCACGCUCAACCGCUCGUACCGUGCGUUGUCUCGAAAGUACGGAGAACACAAACCAGAGUUCCGCAUGUUGUUUAUGCAGAUCGGCAUGGUCUUUGUGCCCAUCGGGCUGUUCAUUUUCGGUUGGACUGCCCAGAAUCAGACUCACUGGGCCCUUCCAAUGCUUGGCGCCGCCAUCUUCGCUUUCGGCAUGCUUAUAGCAUACAUCUGCGUGCAAACGUAUCUCGUCGACUCGUUCCCUGAAUAUGCCGCUUCCGCUUUGGCAGCCGCGAUUAUUUUACGCAGUUGUUUUCCGGCGCCAUUUCAGCAUAGUCGGUGCGGAAUUGUACGAGAACCUGGGCUACGGCUGGGGGACCAGCCUUUUGGCCUUCGUCUCAGUUGCGACAUUGCCGAUACCGGCACUGUUUUGGAGAUUCGGACCAGGACUCAGGGCAAAGGGUUUUGUUGGUUGAACGCUUGAAUCAGUGAUCGGACGUCUCACCAGAUUAGAAUACUGCAUGAGUUUGAAUCGUCCACAAUAUGACAGAUCCAGGAUCGGGAGAUUCACGAUGCCAAACAAGGACUGACAUCAUAUCUGUACCCAAGACCAUCCACAUCACCCGUGGACAUCAAUGCUGUCCACCGCCGAACGGGGAUUGAAAAGGAGGGGAGGGACAGACGUAAUUCUGCAUUGGAUCUCCUCGCGCAAUGACCGAAGCCAUACCACUGACGCAUCGCGACCUCCCUACGAUAGUCUGAUUCAGGACAUCGCACACUACGUCUACGAGUUUGAAGUCACCUCCCCCACGACCCUGCGCGCCGCCCGAAUCGCGC